GUCACGCGCUCGGUGACUCAGUGGGAUCAUGUGCUGAGACGAACGAGGAAAACGAGACCUUUGAGUGGAUCGAUAGACAGUUAGGCUCAGGCUGUUAGAUAGAGAAACUAGUUUUACAUUGAAUUAAAGAGAAAAACAAAGUCUAAGUUAAGUUAUCAUGGCAUCUCUGUUUAAAAAGAAGACAGCUGACGAUAUCAUUAAAGAGCAGACCAAAGAGCUGAGAGGCACCCAAAGACAAAUCACCAGAGACAGAGCUGCCCUGGAGAGACAGGAGAGGCAAAUGGAAAUGGAAAUCAAAAAAAUGGCCAAGACUGGAAACCGAGAAGCCUGCAAGAUACUAGCCAAACAGCUUGUACAGCUCAGAAAACAGAAGAACCGAACCUACGCCGUGAGCUCUAAGGUCACGUCCAUGUCCACGCAGACCAAGGUCAUGAACUCUCAGAUGAAGAUGGCUGGAGCCAUGUCUACCACAGCGAAGACUAUGCAGACUGUCAAUAAAAGAUUGGACCCCAAGAAGACGCUGCAGACGAUGCAGGACUUCCAGAAGGAGAACUUAAAAAUAGGAAUGACAGAGGACAUGAUCAACGAUACACUGGAUGAGAUUUUUGAUGAAUCGGGUGAUGAGGAAGAAAGCCAGGACAUCGUGAACCAGGUGCUGGAUGAGAUCGGCAUAGAGAUCUCAGGAAAGAUGGUAAGAGCCCCCUCAGCAGGAAAGAUCCUCCCUGGCGCCUCUCCAGCAAAGUCUAAAGCGGCCACCAUCACAGACGCCGAGAUCGAGAGACAGCUGAAGGCUCUGGGAAUGGACUAAAUCUUUUCACCCUCCACACAUUCGUACCCACUGCCACCAAAGGACUCAGAGUGGGAAAAGGGAGUUUCUAAGUAAUAAAUGAAAGAAGAAUGUCAAUAAACAUACUCUUAUUGGAGUAUGGCAGUGAGAUACUGGAGGAGAUUCUGUGGUCAGAUAUAUACAGCAGAUUUAGACGUUCUGACAAAAUGCUGUCCAAAUCUGCUGCACAUAUUUAAAGGUGAAGGAUGUCAUUUUUGCACCACUAGAGGCUCCAAAUGUAGCAUGAUUGGGCGGGCGGGGGGCGGAGCUAUCUGUUUGGGCGACCAAUAACAAAUUAGGGGAUGGGGAUAUUGAAAAGUUAAUGGCCAAAAUCACAUACUUCCCUAGUAUGUAAACAGAGUAGUAUGUUUUUUUUUAAUUCACAGUAUUCAUAAAAUAGUAGACUAAAUUUAUCUGGGUGACCUACUACAUUCGUCGAAAUUCUGAAGUGCACAUCUGAUGGACAUUUUACUGUCCCAUUCGGAGUGGAUUUGUGAAUAACAAUGUAGUGGUACAACUGACAUGAUAACAUGGCAAAUAUAGUACAUCUGGAUUGCAUUCGCACUAUUAGAGCAUACUUUUGUAACAGUCUGAUUCUGCUAGUGUGCAAAAAUUACACACUUUACUUUUAACUUUAAAGGGUGCUAUUACUGUGACCAUGAAUUGGAAGAUUUGGUACUCCAUGGGAUUCCCAUGUAUUAUAGGGCUAAUCAUCUCAUGUCAUGCUAGUUAAAAGAUGCUCAUUAUGUGUAUUUUCAUGUCUUUUUAGGUUAUGUAUGACUUAAGGAAGUAAGUUACGGAAAACAGUUUUCCUUUGCAGUGAGGUUUGGUAUAAACUCUUGCAUACAUACAUACAAAUCAUAUCUUGCAUGAGAAUCUUUGUUGAUAUGAUAAUGUGAUGAAGUCUUUACUUGUCAACCUUGAAACAAUCCAACCAUUAAGACCCUUCUACUGUCUGAUGAUCUUGGUAGGUAAAACAAUGGUACAACUUGAAUGAUGUGCAACAUACCAUCAUACCAUGUCAAUGCUGUGAAAAUAUUUUGAGGAGAAAUAAUCAAUCCUGUGGGAUUUCAAACUCUGUUUACAUUGUUUAAUCAAUACUUUUAAUAUGAGGAUUUAGAGCAACCAAUAACUUGGUGUUGAACCCCGUGAUUAGAGGUGAUUUCAGUAUUGUAAUCACUAAAGGUGAACAAUACAGUACCGUGUGAAUGAACCAGUGUUACCGACAGAUCUGCUCAUAUGUUGUUCUGCAACAACUCUUUGUACUGCUGUCUCAGCUGGUAUUGUAAAAUCCCAUAACCAUGUCAGUCUCUGAUAUAAUUGUAGUUCAUGUAAUGCUGGAAUACACAUUUGAUAUUUGCACUGAUUUCCAGUAGUCAAAAUCAGUCUGCAGAGUUCGGGAAGUCGGAGUUGACUGAUUUCACCGAAAAUCACAUCGUGUAUGAUGGGCACAGACCACAGUUUUUGAGCUUCAGACCACAAGUCCAUCCAAUUGGAUGAGAUCAAACGUCAUGUUUUAAAAUCUGUUUGGAUUGUAUUCCAGCCUAUAGAAGAACUACAGUAUCAGUUUUUCUUUUCAACUUCAUCUGUAUGUACUUCUCAGCACUAUUUAAAAAGGUUUUUUUUCCACUCUAGCCAAUAGUGUGUACAUAAAUGUACAGUUUAUGCUUUGAUUUGAUUUUCUAAUUAAUAAAGU